AUGAGCGGCCUACGGAUAUUAGUGCCCAUCAAGCGGGUGAUUGACUACGCGAUCAAGCCCCGUAUCAACAAAGCCCAGACCGGCGUCGAAACUGCCGGUGUCAAGCACUCCCUGAACCCAUUCGACGAGCUCUCAAUCGAAGAGGCCGUCCGCCUGCGCGAACGCAAGGGCCCCAUUAAGGUCGAAGAUAUCCUCGCACUCUCCGCCGGUGGCCCGAAAGCCCCCGAUGUUUUACGUACCGCCAUGGCCAUGGGCGCUGACCGUGCCUUCCACAUCGACGUCCCGGACAAGGGUGACGGCGGCCCGGAGCCGCUGACUGUCGCCAAGAUGCUGCAGGCCGUCGUCAAGGAGCAAAAUAUCAACCUCGUCCUUCUGGGUAAGCAGGCCAUUGACGGCGACCAGGGCCAGACUGGUCAGAUGCUCGCUGGUCUGCUUGGGUGGCCCCAGGCUACACAGGCUAGCAAGGUUGAGAUUAAGGACGAGGCUGGUACCGUUGAGGUUACCCACGAGGUCGAUGGCGGCGUUGAGACUCUUCGCGCUAAGCUGCCUAUGGUUAUCACUACGGAUCUGCGUUUGAAUGAGCCCCGCUACGCUAGCUUGCCCAACAUCAUGAAGGCCAAGAAGAAGCCCCUUGAGAAGAAGACUCUGGCCGAUCUCGGUGUUGAGGAUGUACGGCGGUUGAAGACCGUGCGGGUUAUUGAACCCCCGCCACGAAAGGGUGGUGGCAAGGUCGAGGAUGUCGAUGGCCUUGUCUCCAAGCUUAAGGAGCUUGGUGCGCUGUAA